AUGAUGGUGUGCAUGGCCUGUGCGAGUAGAGUGGAGAGGCCCCACAUGAAGGCAAUAGCUUUGCUGCGGGAAAGCGUGGACACAAGCGAUUGGGAGUUGGCAGUAUCUGUGCUGUCUGUGUUAAGAGCCGGUGUGCAGCAUGAUCAGCGCAGCUUCAGCAUUGCAUUGAAGGCUUCUGGCAGAGCACUGGCAUGGGAGGCCGCCUGCUGCCUGCUUCUGUGGAUGGACAGAGUUGGGAUCUGUCCGGAUUCCAUCACAUACAGCACUGCAGCCAUCGGAGUUGGCCAGAGAUGGAAGCAGUCAGUCGGCCAGGGGGCUGACAUGAAGCAGCGACGGAUUCUUCCGGAUGUCGUCAACUAUGGAAGUGUCAUCAAUGCGUGUCAGCAAGCGCAAGAAUGGUCUUCAGCCCUGUCGCUUCUUGGGAGUUUGGCUUUAGCUGCGAUUUCAGUGAAUGCGAUCAUCGCUGGAUCGCUGAUCAGCGCAUGUGUCGUCUGGAAGGAGGCACUUGCAAUUUUCGGUGCUAUGCAAAGUCGAAGGGUUCAGCCGAAUUCUGUGAUCUACAAUGCGAUGGCCUCCUCGUAUGAGGAGACAGGGCAGUGGGUUUCAGCUUUGACGUUUCUGCAGAAUGCCGGCCAGUCAUGGACGCUGCUGGACAUCAUCUCCUUCAAUUCCGUCGUAAGCGCUGGUGAGAAGGCGUCAUGCUGGCGGCCAGCACUGGAUCUGCUUGGUCGGAUCCGGGUUCGUCGAAUUCAACAGAGCCUGGUCUCUUUCAAUGCCGCCAUCAGCGCUUGCGAGAAGUCCGGGCGGUGGGAUGCAGCCCUCGGCUUGUCUCAGUCGGUGGCAUUGCGGUCCAUCUCCGGAGACAUCGUGACGAUUGGUGUGCCUGGUACCUUGACCCUGGGAGCUGCGAUUGGAGCCUGCGCGGAGUGGUCCAAGUGGAGCAUGGUGCUCCGACUCUUCCAGGAGCUCCAGGAAUGUCAGCUUCGAAGGAGUGAUUUGAUACACAACUCUGCCGUUACAGCUGCAUCCGACGGCUCACGGUGGUCUGGGGCGCUGGAGCUUCUGCAUGAGCUUCGAGCUGUUCGGGUCCAGCAGGAUGUGCUGUCCUUUUCAUCGUCAGUGGCAGCCUGCCGGGACGAAUGGGAGGCUGCGCUGAGUGUGGUGGAGGAGAUGGCGCAGGCUGUUGUCUCCAAGGAUGUCGUAAGCCUGAGCUACGCGGUCACAGCAUGUGAACGAGGCAAAGUGCCAUUGGCCGAUGUCCUGGAGCUGAUCGAAGUGACAGCCCGUUCGGCUCUCUCUGCUGCCCGGGCCCGAGCGAGAAUCGUUGGCCAGCUUCUCUUGCAGUCUCUAGCACAUCGAUCCGCGCACUAG